AUGUCUGUGAAAGAAGUCUUCUAUAGUGAAUCAUAUAAGGAUGAUAUAUAUGAAUAUCGACAUGUGAUUUUACCAGCAGAACAAGCACAAAUCGUUCCUCGCACUCAUUUGCUUACCGAAACUGAAUGGAGAAAUUUAGGUUUACAAAUGUCUGCUGGAUGGAUUCAUUUUAUGCACCAUAAUCCAGAACCACAUGUUUUAGUCUUUCGUCGUCCAUUGAACUUUGUCAUGAGUUAA